AGUCACCAGCUCAGUCCCCUGCAGCCGUAACAGUUAUUGAUCAAGGAUCAGAGGAGUGGAGUAAGUUAUCUCUGUUUGUUUCCAGUUGUUUUCCUGCUACCAACACGCGAUCAAUGUCUCAAAGGUUGAUGUGCAGCUUCAGCGCUCGGCAGGACACUGACCUGAGUUCAGUUUAAACGAUACCAAUCUGAGAGACGCCACACGGUUACCUGCUCAGCAUGGGGACUGCUGAUUGGCUGUAUGCCCUGGCCUUCAUGCCACUCGUCUCUCUCGCCGUCCAACCAGACAUCUGCAGCGCAAAACCCAAACAGCUCCCUUUGGAGCCACGCUGCAUCUACCGCAACCCUGAUGUAGGCUCCAUCCUGAGCCCGGAGCCCGAGGCCGUCCCCGAGGCCACCAACCCCAGAGUGUGGGAGCUUUCGAGGGCAAAUAGCCGAUUCGCCCUGUUGCUGUACAAACAGUUGGCUUUUGGCAGGACCCCUGAGUCCAACAUAUUCAUGUCCCCCAUCAGUGUCUCCACUGCGUUUGCCAUGACCAAACUGGGAGCCUGCAACCAGACGCUGGAACAGAUCAUGAAGGUGUUUGAAUUUGACACCAUCAAAGAGAAGACGUCUGAUCAGGUCCACUUCUUCUUUGCCAAGCUGAACUGUCGUCUGUUCAGAAAGAAGGACAGCACCACAGAGCUGGUGUCUGCCAAUCGACUGUUUGGGGACAAAUCUUUGAGCUUCAAUGAGACCUACCAGAACAUCAGCGAGACUGUUUAUGGAGCCAAACUGCUGUCUCUCAACUUCAAGGAGAACCCACAGAAAGCACGCAACACCAUCAAUGAGUGGAUUGCCAACAAAACAGAGAAUCGGAUCCAGGACACUCUGCCAGAAGGGGCCCUGGAUUCCACCACAAUCCUGGUCCUUGUCAACACCAUCUACUUCAAGGGUCAGUGGAAGAACAAGUUCGACAAAGAUAAUGUCUACCCUUCAAAGUUUCACAUUAGUGUGACUCGAAGCUGCUCAGUGAACAUGAUGCACCAGGAAGCCAAGUUCAGGUACGGCAGUUUCGUGGACGAACAGGUGCAGCUGCUGGAAAUGCCUUAUCGCGGAGACGACAUCACCAUGGUGCUGGUCUUGCCGAGCAGAAGCACCACACUCGGCAAGGUGGAGGAGAAUCUAGACCUGAAAAAACUGACAAACUGGUUGAGUGAGAUGAAGGAAACUACGGUUUCUGUCCACGUCCCUCGCUUCAAGGUGGAGGACAGCUUCAGUCUGAAGGAGAAGCUGCAGGCCAUGGGGCUGGUGGACCUGUUCAGUCCGGAAAAGGCCAGGCUGCCAGGGAUGCUGGAGGAUGGCAGCGAUGGGCUCUACAUCUCUGACGCCUACCACAAAGCCUUCCUGGAGGUAAAUGAAGAGGGCAGUGAGGCAGCGGCGGCCACCGUUGUCAUGGCCAUCGGACGCUCCAUCAACUUGGACCGGGAAGUUUUUGAGGCCGACCGUCCCUUUCUGCUGCUGAUCAGAGAGUCGAGCAUCAACACGUUGCUUUUUGCUGGCCGAGUGGCCGACCCCUGCCACCAGUAGGAAAUGACCAAUGGCUGCCAAGCUGCUGUUUGGAUCUGAAGGUCAACAUCACCCCAAUUAAAAAAAUGUCAAUUGUCACUGUCAACAUCUGCAGACAAUGGUUGCUGCCCACAAAGUUUACAAGGUCAAAAACUAUCCACCAUCUAACCAUCUGUCACUUGAAUGGAGGUGUAGAGCUAAUUUGACUGCAUCUUGCUUCCUGACUAAUGUUAGCAUUAAUGUUGAUACUAAGGCGUCAACCCAGACAGGUCCCACCAGGUGGUGGCCUGACCUGACUUGGACAAGCCUUCCAAAUAAACUGCUUUGAUUGUUAGACAUCUUCCACAUCAGGGGUGAAGCACCUUGUUCAGGUGAUGUAGGUACAGCAACAUGGCAGCUGUUAGGCAGGAGAUCCCGCGGCGGCUUGUACGAUGAUCAGUUUUAAUCCUGUAGAUUAUCUUGACUCCUGCUGGUGGGAUAAUUUUCUUUCUCUCAGCACAUACUGCCAACACGUUGUACUGAUCAUUUAUUAAUCCUGAGUGAAAUAUUCCAGGCACUGCUGCAUGUCAAGAUGUUGAACGCAGAGGAACAGCGUAAAUAAGAGACCAGACGCUGCAGGUGGACACAUAAAGUGCUUUAUUUCCUCUAAGGAAGCAACAUGUGAUGAUUUAGUGGUCAUAGUGAAAAAAGCGCCUUCACAUUUUUGCUAAACUAAUAAUCAACCUUUGGCCUCUGACCACCUCCAUCAACAGAGACAUGCAACAGAAAAGAGCUUCACAUAGCUUUCAGCCUUGUCUAUUAUGUGUUAAGUACCUCCUUUUCAAAACAAAUGUAACAUUUAAAGGUUAAUUUAAUAAACUUUUUUUCCCUUUGA